AUGCGGUGUCCGAGAGUUGCCUUCGCGGGCCUUCGCCGGCGGACCUUGGAGGUCGGCAGGGCGUCAUCGUCAGCGCCUGGCUUGGCCUGGGUACCGCCGCGCUCUGAUCACCGGGUGUCGCAGCAAGCUGAGGUCGAGGAAGGCUCUCGCCCCUCGCACCGCCAAGCGCAGGAAGGCCGUAGAUCUCAGGGCCGCAGCCGGCAGCUGACGGAGCAGGUGGAGAACCUGGCCACGGCGCUGUUGCCGGCAAAGGAGCAAGAGGUGCUCCGUGAUGAGAUGGUGCAGGAACUUCGACGACGUGUACAGGUUGAGAUGCCUGGUUCCGAUCUUGUGACAUUCGGUUCCGCUGCUACAGGUCUCUGGUUGCCUGGUCGUGAUGUUGACCUCAGCUUGAAGAUGCCUGGACUUCAUACUGGCCGCACGGAGACAAAGCAAGCUCUUCACCGGGUGGCAUCCAUUAUCUAUGCGUUUUCGGGAGACAAGCCCGAGAACCGACUUGCGGCCAAAGUGCCGCUGCUUCGUUGGAUGCCAAGCCGUGUGGCUUCCCAGGAGACGCUGCCUUGCUUUGACAUUACCGUGAACAACCUGCUGGCAGUGGAGAACUCAAGGCUGGUGAGUGCGUACUUGCUUGCGGAGCCCCUGCUGCGACAGAUGCUUGUUGUCGUGAAGACCUGGGCUUCUGAGCGUGGGAUCAACGAUCGAAGCCGAGGAACACUGUCUUCGUUUGCCCUCACCCUGAUGGCGGUUCACCUCUUGCAGAGGAGGAGGGUGCUACCAUCACUGCAAGACCUCGCCAUUCUGAACGGUGACCCGCGCCACACCGUCAUGGAUGCCGACUGCAGGUUCUCAUCGAACACAGAACUCAUUGAGAGAGAAAAGUCCAAGCUGGCAUCUCUCAGAACAUCGUCAAACGAAAGCCUGGGAACUUGGUUGAUGGAUUUUUUCCGGUAUUACGGGGUCGAGUACAAAGGUGGUGUGAUUGCCAUUCGAAGCGGUGCGUCCGCUGCCGUAUGGCGAUCUGCCAGCUACUCUGGGCAGUUCUACUUCGUGGACAACCCUUUCGAGCCAGGCAAAGACGUGGCAAACGUGGAGCUGGGACAGUUGGUGCGUUUGAGAGAGGAGUUCCGAGCAGCACAUGCCCAGCUGCGCCGUGGAACGUCAGCGAAGGAGCUGUGCUUCGGACAUGAGCUCGAUGACUGA